AUGCCUGAAGAAUCAAUCAAAGUCGCUGUUCGUCUACGUCCAUUUAAUCAAAGAGAAAAAGAUCGCAAUGCAAAACUUAUUAUUAAAAUGGAAGGAAAAUCAACAUUUAUUACUGAUCCAAAAGCACCAUACGAUGAACCAAAACAAUUUUCAUUCGAUUAUUCUUACUGGUCACACGAUGGUUUUGUUGAACUUCCUUCCGGAAUUCUUGAAGCUGAUAAUUCAUUAUCGCCAUAUGCUUCACAACAAAAAGUUUUUGAUGAUCUUGGUCGUGAUGUUUUAAAAAAUGCUUUUGAUGGUUUCAAUUGUUCAUUAUUUGCAUAUGGUCAAACAGGCUCGGGGAAAAGUUAUUCCAUGAUUGGCUAUGGUGUUAACCGUGGAAUUGUUCCUAUUGUUUGUGAUGAAUUAUUUCAUGAAAUACAAAAUGCGAAGAGUCCAUCGACUCGCUAUGAAAUCUGCCUCUCUAUGAUGGAAAUUUACAAUGAACAAGUUCGGGAUCUAUUGAAUAAAGAGUUUCCGAAAGGCGGUCUUGUUAUUCAUCAACAUCCAACGUCCGGCCAUUUCUAUCCUCAAGGCCUUCGUAUUGUACCUGUCGGCACUUAUAAUGACAUUGAACGUCGUGUUACUGAAGGUACAGAAAAUCGAACGAUAGCCGCGACAAAUAUGAAUGCAACAAGUAGCCGAGCACAUACAGUCGUUACUAUAUAUUUCGAUCAGAUUAUAAAAGAUGAUCGUGGCGAAACGAAAAAAACAAGUGUUAUCAAUCUUGUUGAUUUAGCUGGAUCUGAAAGAUCUUCAAGUACAGGAGCAACCGGUGAUAGAUUGAAAGAAGGUACCAAUAUUAAUAAAUCCCUAUCCACACUGGGCAAUGUUAUAGCGGCAUUAGCUGAAAUGUCAUCAGGAACGAAACGAAAACUUGUUGUACCAUAUCGUGAAUCUGUAUUAACAAAAUUGCUUCAAAAUGCCCUCGGCGGAAAUAGUAAAACAGUUAUGAUAGCUGCUUUAUCACCAACUGAUGUUAGCCAUGAUGAAACAUUAAGUACACUGCGUUUUGCUGAUCGUGUUAAACGUAUUAAAAAUACAGUUGUAGUUAAUGAAAAUCCCAUUGAAAAAUUAAUUCGCGAAUUAAAAGCAGAAAAUGAACGUCUAAGAUUACUGAUCGAUACUGGUAAAUAUAAUUUACAAUUAGAUAUUCUACCUAGUAUGACAAAUCAAGAUAUUGAAGCAAUGAGAAAAAAAGUAGAAGAAGAAAUUCUCUCACAAAUACAAGUCAAUCAACAAAUGUUACAGAGCUCAAAAACAUCCUGGGAUUUGAAGCUUAAAAAUGCUCAACUGAACGAAAAAAAAUCGUCGCAGCAAUCUGAUAAAAAAGUGCCCUAUCUUGCUAAUCUCAAUGAAGAUCCAAUGUUAUCAUAUAUUAUUUUACAUUAUUUUAAUACUGAUACGAUUACGAUCGGUAGUCGAAAUUCAACUAUAUGUCUUACUGGUUUAAAUAUUCUUGAAAAACAUGCUACUAUUCGAGCUAUAGAUUCCUGUAAAUAUGAAUUGAUAGCAGCUGAACCAGGUGCGAAAAUCAAAGUUAAUGGCUAUAAUUUAAAUGGAUCGGCACAACUACGACAUAAAGAUCGUAUUUUAUUCGGUGCCAAUCAUGUUUAUGUCUAUUUAUGUCCGUCAAAUGAAAAAGAAGCUUUACCUGAUUUACCGUCAGUUAUAUCAUGGGAAUUUGCACAAAAAGAAAUUGCAAAAGCAAAAGGGUAUUCGUUAGGAAAUAAUCUAACUGUUGAACAAGAAGAGAUUCAAGAGAAGAUCUUAAGUUUAUUACCACUAUUAUCCGAAGUCAAUGCAAUUAGUGAAGAACUGAAUAAAUAUCGUACGUUUGAAAUUGUUCUUAUGCCCAUAUCAUCAUGGGAAGGUACGGCUGCGAAAGGAUCGAAAGUACUGAUUAAAAUGAGAAAUCUUCUAAAUCAAAAUGUUUGGUAUUGGGAUGAUGCAAGAUUUAUUAAUCGAAGUUAUAUUAUUAAAGAACAUUAUCAAAAAUUUCUUGAUGGGGACGAAGAAAUAUUGUACAUGUCAAAAGAUGAUGAUCCAUUUUGGGAACCUGUAGAAGAAGUUUUACUUGGCACAGCUAAUGUUUUUCUUCAAAGUUUAGCUUAUUCACUUGAUUUUUCCGAUGAAAUUUGUAUUGUCGACUACAAAGGCUCGGAGCAAGGUCGUUUAAGUAUCAAUCUUUCUCCGUGUUCAUCAAGUGGUAAAGUACUCAAUGAUGAACAAUUUAUUGAUCAACCCGAAGAACUUCUCAAUCAGCCAUUCAGUUUUAAGAUAACUAUGCGUUAUAUUGAAAUAAGUGAUGAACGUCACAAUAAGGGCAUUCGAAUACGUUAUAAAAUUUUUAAUGAAUCAGAAUUUACUGAAACAAAUGUUAUUUGUCGUCACGCUGUAUGUGCUAACGUAAAACAAUCGCGUAUUAUCACAGUGCCAAGUAUCGAUGAAGAUUGGUUAAAUUUUUUUCAAAAUAGUUCUGUUAUAUUUCAAAUAUUUGCUUUACAAGAAGAAAGCAAACCAAAUACUGGUUUAUUUAAAAUGACUACUCGAGAUUUAAAAAGAAUGGAACAAAAACAAGAUAAUACAAAUUUAAUACCAGUGGUUCAACCGAAUUUUGCGUCUCCAAGCGAUUCAAAAUUAAAAUCUGAAUUGACACUUCUGCAGAAAAAAUAUAACCGUCUUGAGCAAAAAGAAAAACGAAUUCAACAAUUAUGUCAUGAAUGGGAAAAUAAUCAUGAUUUUCAAAAAUUUUACAAAUUACUUUCAGCCAUUUCUUUUAGCUCAGGAACAAAGCUAAAAGCAUCAACAACAGCUGCAAAUAAAGACGCUAAUGUUGAUGUUUAUUUAUUUGGAAUCGAAGAACAAGAAUACGCCAAAGAUAUAGAACAAUCAAAUGCAGAUAAACAAAAAUAUUGGAACGAAUAUCAUCGAAAAAUCGCAUUAAAGCAAAGACGUACUUCAGUAUCAUUUCGUUUGAGUCUAAAAUUAGAUUCUGCUAAUACUUUACCGUUACCAAGUAAUGACUGGAGUUCGCCUCCAGCAAAUAUUGAUAGACCGAAUCAAAAUGGCCAAAAAAUUCCAGAUGAUCGCCCACAACCACCUUUGCAAGUUAAGAGUUCUCCGCAAGCAAAAAAGAAACUAAAUCAAGAAUUUGCAAACGAUAAUAAUGACCAAUCAAAUGAAAAUAAUCCUCCUAUGAUAAACUCAAAAGCAAUUCUUAGCUGUAAUGGCACGGGGAAUGGGACAGAAAACGAAGCGUUCAUCAACAAAAAAAAUUCAACAAUAUGUAUCAUUCAAUGA